AUGACAAAAUUAGGAGAACAUAUAGGACCAAGGCAAAGUAGCCAUAGAAAGAGACAGUCAGAAAUUGCAAGUGCCUGUGGGACCCAUGGGUAUAAACGGAGAGCUGAACUAUCAAAAAUGCCAAGUGCUAGUGAUAUUACCAAUAGAAGUAGCAAUAGAAGAGGCAAUUGACUUUCUGAGCAGUCAUUGCAAGGUGGUAGAGGUCAUAGCGGAUAA